AUGUCUCAUCUGAAACCCGCCACCAGCUAUACAUCUUGCUGCUUACAUGAACCAGUGAAAAUAUUAGCCUCCACGGAUAAUUUCGCCGAUAUCAAGCCCAAAACCAUUCCCCAAAUUUUUCAAGAGAGCUGUGACAAAUAUAAAAACUACACUGCCUUGGCCUACAAAGAUACCAGCCAUCAACACCCCUCCUACCAGUGGACAACUCGAAGCUAUGAAGAAUAUUACAGCUACGUUGAAAGAUCCGCCCUAGCUUUACUCCAUCUCGGUGUGACGCCCCGUUCAUCUGUGGCAAUUUUAUCAUCUAAUUGUCCCGAAUGGUUCUACAUCGAAUUGGCCGCGUUGCGUAUCAAUGCCGUAGUAGCCGGUAUUUAUACAACAAAUUCCGCUGAGGCAUGUUUUCAUGUUUUGCAGACCUCCGAUGCAGAGGUAGUGGUGGUAGAGGAUACUCAGCAAUUAAUGAAAAUACGAGCGAUACGUUCCCGCCUGCCAAAAUUAAAAGCGGUAAUACAAUUAUUUGGUCCCUAUGAUUUUCAAGAAGAUGCUUCGGAUAAGGGUUAUUAUUCCUGGCCCGCAUUGAUGUCAUUGGAAUUUGGGCAGAACUUGAAAGAGGAGUUGCUACGGCGGGAGCUGGAUGUGGCGCCCAACCUAUGCGCUCUACUUAUAUUCACAUCUGGUACUGUGGGCAUGCCCAAAGGUGUCAUGAUAUCCCACGAUGCCGUACUCUAUGCAGUCCAUGCCUUGAAUAAAAAUCUGCCAUUUUUAGAACCAGGUCGGGAGUCCUGUAUCACCUAUUUACCCCUUAGCCAUAUAGCUUCACAAUUCUUCGAUAUUUUCCUUGGUAUGCUGAAUGGUGCAGUGGUGUAUUUUGCCGAUCGCAAUGCCAUGAAAGGAACCCUCUGUGAUACGCUAAAGGUGGUUAGGCCCACAUGGUUUUUUGGGGUACCAAGAAUUUUUGAAAAGCUUAUCGAAAGGCAAAGGAAAAUCGAAGCGAACCUGGAAGAUGAGGGACAAAGGAAAGCGUUCAAGGGAGCACGCAGAAGCAUGCUGAAAUAUUAUGUGGACCAGAACAUAGAAGGCAAUCCCAGAACUAUAUCGCCACCCUGCUGGGCCUCAGAAGUUUGCCAUGGACAAAAAAUUGCUCUGGGUUUAAAUGCCUUAAAAAUUUGCUUUGCCGGUGGCGCCCCUGUGUCGGAUGACAUAAAACGCUAUUUCCUCAGCCUUGAUUUGCGACUAGUGGAGGCUUUCGGUAUGUCUGAGACCUGUGGUGGAGUAUGCUAUGAUUUCCAACGACCGAACUUACAUACCAGUGGUCAGGGCAUAGGAGAUGCUGAAUUUAAAAUCGACAAUCCUGAUGGAGAAGGGGAGGGAGAGAUCCUCAUAAGGGGGCGUUUCAAUUUUAUGGGAUAUUUAAAGGAACCACAAAAAACUAAGGAGGCCUUUACCGAGGAUGGCUACAUCAGAAGUGGUGAUAGGGGCCACCUGGAUGCCGCUGGGAAUCUUUAUAUUAAUGGGCGCAUAAAGGAGGUUAUCAUUACCUCAGGUGGGGAAAAUAUAUCCCCUAUACCGAUUGAGGAUAUUAUCAAAAAGGAAUUGCCCUGCAUUAGCAAUGCAAUGGUCAUUGGGGAUAAUCGGAAGUAUUUAACGGUACUCCUUACAAUGAAGACUUAUAUUAAUCCCGAUACGGGCUAUCCAACAAAUAUUCUCUUACCUGAGGCCAUACUAUGGCUGGCAAACCUUGGGGUGCACUGUAAAAAAUUGGAUGAUAUUCUGAAUAUUCAAUUACCAGAAAGCUUCGAAAAUUUCCAACCCAAUGGAGCUGAGGUUAGACUUGAUUCCAGGGUGUUCCAUGGUCUAACGGAUGGGAUUAAUCGAUAUAAUGAACGAGCCCUUUCGAAUGCCCAGAAAAUUCAAUACUUUCAGGUGUUGCCACAUGAUUUUACCAUAGCCACGGGGGAAUUGGUUCUGUUUUAA